UCAAAUUCUCUUAAACCUCCAAACACUUGUCGUAAAUAGAUAUUUAAAACGAUGAUUUACUACAAUUUAGACUCAUAUUUUAUUCUGGAAUAUCCAUUUUCAUCUGUCAUUAGGUUUGUUAUUUUCUCAUAUUAAAAGAAGAUAGUGUCCACACAAUUUUACGAUAUUUCAUUUUGUUACAACCACAUAACAAGAAAAGGGUCUGCAGAAAACGGAAGAAGGAUUUGACAAAGACAAGCAUAUAUAGUAUAUACUUUCCAAUUAUGUUACAAAUAAGUGCACAAGUUGUGUAAAUGUACACUUCAGUAGCUUCAAAAGCAAUGGAGAAAUAUUCAACUUCAAUUCAGGAGGCAGAGAAUAACAUAAGAAGAGAAGAAAAGGGUCGGCUGAAUUCGUGUUGGGGACGCCUGAAGCUGAUGAUUCCAUGGACAAGAAGUAAAAAAAGUCGUCGAAAUCAUCAUCAUCAUCAUCGGAACAGCUUAAUGCAUGGUGCAGGAAACAUGAUGAUGAUUUCAGGUUGUGAUUGUGUAUCAGUUAGUGAAACCUGCUGCAUAGGGCACAAGCCACCAGCUAUUAGUUUCAGGUAUAGCCCUUCAAGUUAUGCUCAGAAUUUCGACGAAUGGGUUGCAGAUAUUGAUGAUGAACAAUCCAUACUUGUUGAUUUUUCAUCUCGAUAUGCAGCACCACAUUCAUCAUCUACCAAAUAGCUAGCCUUUUUAUUACAGGUUCCUAAUUAGAUUGCAAUGAACAGGCACUACAAAUACCACUGUGCCUCCUUUUGAAGUAAAUAACGUUUCUUGAUUUUCAUUAUUUUUACUCAAGCAUUGUAUAUUUGUAUUAUCCUUUUGUUAUAACUCCGAAGCAGAAAAAUCAACUGCGCGCGCAAGGCCUUCAAAUUUUGUGCAGACAAGAAAGAUUGUUUUUUUUUAAUGGUACUGUAGUUUUCAUUUGGAUGACAGAUCAUAUGAUAUGAUAGUGUAGGUUCAAAACUCAGGAUUUGGAACCAAAAUCCCUCAAUUUUGCGCUAUAUUGCUUCAAAGUUCUAUCUUUCGUGCUCAUUUGAAGCCUUGAAGGCAUACUAACCAUCGCUCGGUAAAUUUGGAUACUAACCACCUAAAUCAGGACUCUGCAUAUUCAGGGUUCAAUAAAGCGCAACCGACAAGAAAUGUGUUAGAACUUGCUCAACUGAGAAUUUUUUUUUGCAUUGCCAGAAAACCAC